UUCUAUUGUAAAUUCCGACCCACCCUUUUCGAUUUUUCUGCAAAUUAACCGAAAUUCUGAUUUACACGCCUCCUGAUCUUCAACAAUCAUCAUACUUUACCACUUACAAAUGAGGAACGCAAUGCAAAUCAUCGAACACUUGGUGUGCUUCUUGUAAGUUCCACACAAUCAACAACUUCAACAAUGGCGGCAUCUUUCUCUCUAAUCCCUUCAUCCUCUCUCAACUUCAUUCGAGACCCUUUACCAUCUCCUUCACCCUCCGCGUCAUCCUCUUCGUCUUUCUUCGGUGGUGGGACACUCUCGUUCACCCGUAUUAGCAACAACAGGAGUUUCGUCUCUUUCUCGUCGCCUUCGCAAUUCAACAGGAAGAAGUACGGCAAGCGCGGUGGAGGAUUUUGCGUAUUCGCGGCGGCGGAUUAUUACUCUACGCUUGGAGUUCCCAAGUCUGCCACGGGUAAAGACAUUAAAGCCGCUUAUCGAAAGUUAGCUCGCCAGUAUCAUCCAGAUGUCAAUAAACAACCAGGAGCUACCGAAAAGUUUAAAGAGAUCAGUGCUGCAUAUGAGGUUCUAUCAGACGACAAGAAACGAGCCAUGUAUGAUCGCUAUGGUGAAGAUGGACUUAAAAGCACAGUUGGGGGAGGACAAGCUGGCGCUUAUGCUACAAAUCCGUUUGAUCUGUUUGAGACAUUCUUUGGGACUAGUAUGGGUGGUUUUGCUGGUGGUGACACAACCGGAUUUGGAGGACGCCGUGCCACUACUGUUAUUAAAGGUGAAGAUAUACGAUACGACAUGAUGUUAGAAUUUUCAGCAGCCAUUUUUGGAACCGAAAAGGAAUUCGAGCUGUCUCAUCUUGAAACAUGUGACGUGUGCACUGGAACCGGAGCAAAAGUUGGAUCAAAGAUGAGGAUAUGCUCCACGUGUGGCGGCAGAGGUCAAGUCAUGAGAACCGAACAAACACCUUUUGGUAUGUUCUCGCAGGUUUCUGUAUGUCCAAAUUGUAACGGGAAGGGUGAAAUGAUAUCAGAGUAUUGCCGGAAAUGCUCGGGUGAAGGGAGGAUACGUGUGAAGAAAGAUAUCAAAGUCAAGAUUCCACCUGGAGUCAGCAAGGGUAGUAUCCUUAGAGUUGCUGGAGAAGGUGAUGCUGGUCCAAAAGGAGGUCCUCCCGGAGAUCUGUAUGUUUACCUUGGUGUUGAAGAAAUCCCGGAGAUCCAAAGAGACGGGAUUAAUCUAAUGUCAUCCAUCUCCAUUUCAUAUCUUGAUGCCAUACUUGGAACUGUUGCUAAGGUGAAGACGGUUGAGGGGAUGACUGAACUUCAGAUCCCUCCAGGGACCCAACCUGGUGAUACUCUUGUCUUGGCAAAGAAAGGUGCUCCUAAACUCAACAGACCUUCCAUACGUGGUGAUCAUUUGUUCACCAUUAAAGUUAGUAUACCUAGACGUAUCAGUGGACAAGAACGUGAGCUUCUUGAAGAACUUGCUUCUCUGAAAAACCCCACCUCCACCCGUCCCCGUUCUCGCUCUCAACAACCUGCUAAAGUCACAGAAACUCAAGCGGAUCCUGUGGCUGAGGAAAGUGACAGCUCAGCUGAUGAAGAUGACCCAUUGAAGAAGAUAACAAACUUUGCCGGGUCUGUUGUAAAAGGAGCUUUGAAUUGGUUCAAGGAGAACUUCUAGAAGCAGAGCAUGUAUUAAUUAAUUAAUUAAUACUCUCUUCCAUCUAACGUAGUGGCCAAAGAUUAAAAGAAUAUCCUCAUCAAAUGCUGCUUGCUCACGAAAUCGAAAUAUACUACGUCAAACAAUUCUUCAAUUUUUUAGAAAUCAUAUCUCAAAGUUCAUCAAAUUUCAGUAUUGGUGGAAACUUGAUGAUUCAUUUCAUGUAUCUAAAACAUUAAUUAAUAUUGCUUGUAAGAAUUUUGUUCAAACGGCCGAUAGUGAGUUUACCAGUAGUAGCACCCCGGUGGUUUUGAUAUAUUUGAUUUCAAAUUUCGAUACUA